UAACCGUUUUGAUUCACAUUUUGGCGCAAAAUAUUGGAAGGCCGGAAGGAAACAAAGAUAUAAACAGAUCAAUACGACCUCCAGAUCUCUCUCUCUUUCUCUAAAUACAAGGAAAGGAAAGAAAAGAAAAUGCAAACCCUAGCAGAGUCCUGAAAUCCUUUCUUCUCAGAAAACAUGCAAACAAGCAGGAAAUGUCAUUUGGGCUUUUGUAUUUUUGUUGACUUCAAAUAUUUAGAGAUGGUUUAGAAUAGCUGUUAAGCAUCAUGGUUGCUAAAGAGGAAGAAUCUCGGGAGUUGAAUGGUGGAGAAAGGAGCUUUUCCAAAUAGCUAUAACGAUUGAGAGUUUUUAUUGUUUUCAUGUGUCUUUCAAUGGAAUGAGCUUCAUGGAAGUGAUUAGAUUGAGAGCCAUGGGCUUUAAGAAUGAUAUUCAAAUAUUUGAAGCUGGCUUUGGCUUGAAUAUUUUACUUGAAAAAGCAGGAAUGCAGAUGUUGGUGAUGUUUGAUGUGUUUUAAAGCAUUUGAAUGGUUAAUUAGUAUAAAUCAUAAAGGUGGGAAAGAGAAUAAGUUCCCCAAUGCGAAGUCUCAUUUUCCUUUAGUAAGCAGAUUGCCAUGUGGGACACUGUGCAACAAAUAGCCAUUUACAUUCAUAGGUUUCACAACCUUGACCUUUUUCAGCAAGGAUUCUAUCAAAUCAAGGUCAGCAUGAGAUGGGAAAACAAUAAUUAUACCUCUUUGGCAAUUCCUUCUAGGGUUGUUCAAUAUGAAGCAAAUGGUUUGGGUUCUGGCAAUAUUGAUGGGGCAUGGAGAAUCAACAAUACAGAAAACAGUUUCUUUACACCACCUUUUCGGGUCAAAUAUAUGAGGCAAGAUAUUUGUUUAUCUCUCAUGGUCUCAUUCAAUCUAUCUCUGAGUAAAUAUGAGGUUCCAUCCACAUCAGCUGUUAUUUUGAAAUUUGAGCUAAUGCAAGCUCCCGUAAUAGCGGAUAGGCUUGAGUUGCUAGCAUAUCUAGAUGCUUCCUCCGUUGCAGUACAUGAAUUUCGAAUUCCUCCUAAAGCUCUUUUGGGAUUGCAUGCAUACUGCCCCAUCCAUUUUGAUAUAUUUCAUGCAGUGCUUGUUGAAGCAAGUGUCCACGUCAUUCUAUUGAAAGAUGCUCCUCACAUGCAGAUAUCCAGCAGUGCUCCCUGCCACAUUGAAGACGUUGCUGGUGAAAGUGUUGAUAGGUCCAAUCAAGCCUUGGGUCCAGCAAUUCUUGUUGGCAUGGACCGAAUCAUGCUUGUUAAGUCAUUGUUGGUUGCGCGUGACACUUUACUUGAAGAGCUACAAAGUCUUAGCAAAGCGGUUGACAAAGUAAUUGACUUAACUGAUUUCAUGUCCAAAAUGAACAAUAUGAAUAUGUUAAAUUCUAUCCUGAGGGCAGACCUGGAUAAUGCAUAUGGUGAAGUUAGGGAGCAAGGUGAUCUACAAGAUGGUCUCAAGAUAGAAAAUGGAAAUCCAGAUCUCCAGAGUGAUAGCUUGCCCUACUUUUUACCAAAGGAUGCAGUGGUGAACAUUUUUCAAUUGCUGGGUGCUCAAUUAUCAUACUUGUGGAGGACUUUUCUGCAGUUCCACAGGGUAAACAACACAAAGAUACUGGAAUUUUUGAGUGAUGCAUGGGCUAAGGAUCGCAGGAAUGAGUGGUCAAUAUGGAUGGUAUACUCUAAGGUUGAGAUGCCUCAUCAUUACAUUAAUGGAAAUCCCGAUUCUUCUCACCAUAUUGUUGAUAAAAGGGUUUCAAGUUUCUGGAAGUUAGCUGAUGAACCUGUCCAGACUGCUGCUACACGUGCUGAGCUUCAUCGUCGAAAUAUUGCCCAAAUGAGGAUUAAUACUCGAUCAAUUCAAGACAUGUAUAUAUUUGGAGAUCCUCUGCGAAUUCCUAUUAUAUUUGUGGAGCGUGUCAUAAAUGCAUCGCGGCGUACUUUUAGUGAAAAUUCUUACUUUAAAAUUUUGGACCUGAUAGAUUCAUCUGUCUUUGUUGCUGGACCUCAUACAAAGGCUUUAAAGAACCAUCCCGGUGGUAGUGCACAAAAAAGAGCUCAUGAGUUGAAGAUUGUUGUCUUUGUGCAUGGGUUUCAGGGACACCAUCAGGAUUUACGACUUAUACGAAAUCAAUGGCUUUUGAUAGAGCCCAAGACGGAAGUUCUCAUGUCAGAUGUAAAUGAAGACAAAACGUCAGGAGACUUUAGAGAUAUGGGGCUAAGGCUGGCUGAGGAGGUAGUCUCUUUUGUAAAUAGGAAAUUGAACAAAUUUUCAACGUCUCCUAGUCCAAGGGAUGUCAAACUUAGCUUUGUUGGUCAUUCUAUUGGCAAUGUCAUUAUAAGAUCAGCAUUAGCAGAGAGCAUUAUGGAACCAUUCCGAAGACACCUCUACACAUAUGUUUCUAUAUCUGGUCCACAGUUGGGGUAUCUUUACAGUUCAAAUUCUUUAUUCAACUCCGGAAUGUGGUUUAUGAAGAAGUUCAAGGGAACGCACUGCAUUCGUCAGCUCACCUUUACAGAUGAUUCAAAUCUCCAAAAUACUUUCUUCUACAAACUUUGUGAGCAGAGAACGCUGGAGAAUUUCAGACAUAUAAUACUGAUUUCUUCACCCCAGGAUGGUUAUGUGCCAUAUCAUUCUGCCAGAAUUGAAUUAUGUCGGGCUGCUGCUUUGGAUUACUUAGGAAAGGGCAGAAUAUUCCUGCAGAUGCUGAAUAAUUGUUUGGAUCAGAUACGAGCCCCAACAUCACAGCAACGCGUGUACAUACGAUGUGAUGUCAACUUUGAUACCUCCUCAUAUGGCAAGAAUUUCAACACAUUGAUUGGAAGAACAGCUCACAUUGAGUUCUUGGAGUCUGACAUUUUUGCAAGGUUCAUCAUGUGGUCUUUCCAAGAACUAUUUCGUUAAUAAGCAUGUUAAACUGUGAUCUCCACCGACUCGGCUUGGGCUAGCUUGUUUUGACAGGGUGUCUCCCCCUUAAUUUCUUGGCUUGGGGGUCCAGAAAUAAUGGGAUCUCGAUGUCUGACAAAUGGCUGCUACAUUCAUUUUUGUCUGAUGGUCAUAUGCAUGGAUUGAAGCUAAUUAGUGACAUAUAAUGUGGAUUCUAUUUCUGCUACAAGCCAACCUACCUUGAACAUUUUGUAUACUUUUCAAGCGCUUGUGGGGGUUUAGAUUUCAAGCCAUAAGACAUUUCCUAGACAACAAGAACUGGUGGUUUCAGCGGUAGGCUUGUAAUUAUUUUUUCAGAAUGGGUAGAUUAUUCUUCAUAUUGUGCUGAAAUGCUAAAGAAAUAGAUAAAAUGAUUGAUAAAGUUUUCUUUUUAGGUA